AUGAACAGUUGCUCUCCCGUCUUAAGUUAAUCCAAAGUGACUACUACAUCUGGAUUCUUAAAAAAUUUAUUAGAUUAUAAAGCUUCUCUAAAUUCAAAUGGAUCGAGCAAAAAAUAAUCAAUUUCUAGUUUUUAAAGAGACAUUUCUCAUCUUGCCGAUUCAUUCAGACAUAAGACCUUGUAAUAACAAAUUAAGGAGAAACAACAAGUAGCAGAAAUGCGAUUAAAUGAAUACAUUCUAAAGUAAAAGGAGAGAAAACACAAUCAAGAGUACAUGAUGCAAAAUCAAAGGUAUCACUAUAAAACAUAAAAUCUCGAAAACACUUUCGAUGACGUGCUUUAAAUUUUAGAGAAAUAUUCAGACUUCAAUUUGAAUUGGGUAGCAUAAGACUUAUAAGAAGUAAGUGGAAAUAGGAAAAAUGUAAUGUUAAAUUUAAAAUAAACAAUAGUGAAUGGUAUAGAAAAGGGGUAUUUUGAGGAUAUUUCAAGUACUCAGAACACCGAAAGGAAAUUAUCCAUAAAGAAAAAAAUAAUUAAGGACAUGAAACACACAAGCACACAUUUCUUUUCGAACGAGCCUACUGGGAGAAAUGAUGCUAUUAAUCUAAAAAAAUGGCUUUAAAAUCAAUUGGAGAAUAUCUCCUAAAAUCCAAGUAUUGAUCACAAAUCUAAAUUACAGUAAGCAAGCGAUGUCCUAUUUUUAUGCUUGAAUGAAUUGAUUAGAUAAGUUUCAUUUUAAUGUACAGAGAGAGGAUAAUUGAUGCUCGCUAUCUUUAAAGGGUAUAUAACAGUAUUUAGAAAAACUAUGAAUAUGUCAGAGUCCGAUAAGCAACAAAUGUAAAUAAUGGGUUACAAAAAUUAAUUGGAACAAUAAGUAGAAUUUGAAUAGCAAUAAGAUGAAAUGAAUGAAAAGAUAUUAAAUCUCAAAUAAGUCAUCCAAAAAUUAGAGAAUCAAUUGUAAACACAAAAGGAAGAUGAACAAAAUUUGAUGAUAAUAGUUUAAAAACUGACAAAGUAGAAUGAACUCGACAAAACUAUGAAAAAGAGUGCUGCUACUUUGAUAUCAAACUUGAAUAGAGAAAUUAAAGAGUUAAGAAACAAAAUAUAGAAGAUCUAAUAUAUGAAAUAAUCUAAUCAUUAAGUUAUAAAAGCUGAAGAAGAAGAAGAUGAAUAAGAUUUGUCAUUGUCUUAAGUAUUAAAGGAAGUUGAUAAAAAAACAUCUGUUGAAUAAAAUCCUGAUAUAGUUGUAAAAGACAUAGUUGAUGAACCACCAAAGAUUACUUUCUCUGUUAAUUGUUAAACUGAAAUUUUUGUUCAUACUUUUGAAACUUAAACUGAUCUAAAUUUGAUAGGACAGUAAUUUGAUAAAAUUAUUAAUCAAUAAGAAUUGGAUUAGCAUUUCAAAGAGUUCCAACUUAAAGAGUAAAUGGGCUACUUUCUCUCAGAUGAUCAAUAGCCAAUGAGCAAUAAUAAUAAGAAUUCUCAAUGUCAACCAUAAAUAUAAUAGUAAAAGGACCAGAGAGCAAGUUUAAUAAGAAUAUUAGAUGGAUUGCCAGGUAGCAUGGAUAAUAUAAAGAAUAUGAAGAAGGAAGAUAUGUUCGAUUUGUUUGUUAAUAACAUGAGAACCUUGAGGGAAUUAUUCGAUAAAGAAGAACCAUAGGAAAAAUAAGUAUAGAGUGAUUCAGAACAGUCAAUGUUUGUAGAGCCUCCAGAAGUAAAUAGUGAUGAAAAGAGAUCAAUAAAUAAGGAUUCUAAAAAUAAUAUUAGGUUGAUUGCUGAAGUUGCAGAAAUGGAUGAAGCAUCUCCCAUGCCAAAUGGAUAAAAAAGGAUAAAUUUUAGUUUAAAGAAAUUAUCAUUUGAAAAAAUUGAACAACAGGCUGUGAAAAAUAAUACCAACUCUUAAAAAUAAAGUCAGAAAUCUAAUAAAAGACAACUAGAAAAGAUGUUUAGUUCAGAUAAGUUGGCACUACCAACUGUAAAAGAAUUUCAACCUAAUGAGCUUACGCAAACAUAAAUGCUUACUAAUUCAAAUACUCAUCUUAAUACAGUCAAUUCAAAUUAGUCCAUCAUUCAGAGUAGUACGAAUCUAUAAGCUAAUACAAUAGCUAAUAAAUUUGGAUUAAGUAAACAAGAGUAGAUCCAAUUGAAAACUUAAGUUGCAAUGUUGAUUAUGUUGUAUAACUUAUAAAUUCAGAAAUAAUAAAACUUAACUCGAUCUAUGAAUGAUUUGGCAGGAUUAUUAAAUUAACUGUUUUCAUUUACUAGAAAAUUGAUGAUACACAUCCUAAGAACUCAAUAAUAGUCUCACAAAUAAAUAGUUGAAUAAUUUCUAGUAGAAUUCGAUUCUUUGCGUAAAAGAAUGCCAAUUGAAUUAGAUGCAGAGAUAUAAGAAGAAGAGUAUCUUAUAACAGAAUUUGAUGAAGAGGAAGAGAAGGAGAAGAAGAAGCAAAUAUUAUUUAAGAAAAAAAAAAAUAGAAUUACAAAAGCUUUGCAAUUUAACUUUUAAUAGAAACAAAAUAAAGUAAAUGUGAUUGACAGAUUGAUGCAUCCAGGAGUAAUAUUGGCAGUUAAAGCUAGAGAAUAAUCAUAUUUGUUUAAGAAAGUAGUAAAUUAUUGGCCUUUAAAAAAUGUAUUGAGAACUAUUACUUAAUUGUAUGAUGAAAAGAUUAGAAGCAGCAAAGACAAUGAAUCAUAAAAGGAUCUCGAAAUGCAAAUCUUUGUUUUUAAUAAUUUUUUAAAUAGAUAUGGAUUUAAGAAUGUUGCUGAAAAGAAAUAUUUGUAAUUCUUACUUUCAGUUAUUCAUUUUUCCUCUAUCUUUAGAGUCAAUGUGUUUGCAAGGAUGAUUGCAAUAUUGUAAGACGAACAUUUAAAUUUUUCAAUUGAAGAAUCAUCUUUCUUUUUAUAAGGGUAUGAUUUCAUGUGUUCCGAAUCAUCCUUGGGAGUCAAUGUUGUUCAAAGUGAAAGUGAGCAAAAGUUUCAUGUUCCCUACUUAAGAGCCUUGGAUUAUAUGAAAGUCUUUUUAGAAAACAAAAUGAUGGAAGAUGAACUUAGAGAUUUGAAGAAUGAUUUAGAAAAUCUAAAGGAGCCAGACCCUAAGAAUUUAAACAAAUAAGGACUGAUUGAUGUUGAUAACUUCCUUGUUAAAGUAAUGAAUAAAUAUAGAAUCAUUACGACCAGAACAAAAGAGUUUGUUAUUCAUGCAUUUUAAGCAGCAGAUUUAGAUGGAAACAAAAAAAUUAAUAAUAAUGAAUUUAUUACUUUAUUUAGACAUAUAGAACAUCAAAAAUUUAAUUUCAAAGAGGCUAUGAAUUUGUUUUAUGAAUAAGCUGAUAUUGUCUAGGGAGAAGAACGAAAUUUAUCAUUUAAUCGGUUUACUUCCCUUUGUGUAAGUCAGUAGAUCUUUACUUUCUAAGCUCUCAAUCAUUUUAUCCAUGUAAAGACAAAUGAUGAUGUAGAGAAGUAAUUUUUAUUGGUGAGGUAGGAAUGGCCAAAUUACAAAACAGAGAUAGAAGGAACUUUAAAAGAAUUAUAACCAUAUGUUACUCCAGAAAUCUUUUAAGAGUGGAAUACUAUUUUGAAAACUCUCGAGUAAAGAAUAAUGAGUCAAGCAACUUAAUAAUCGAGCAUUAAACCCAUCCUAAUAGCUCAUAGAAUAUUGAAGUUAGAAUUACAAAGAUUGUUACAUGUUGGACAUUAAGAAGAUGAUAUUGAUGAAAACGCAAUCAUUUAAUGA